AUGCUGUCCCUCAAGAGACCGUACCUUGCCGCAACGUCGCACCUACCGUUCCUUUCGUACGGCGCGCCCCCACUGGGGGGCGCAGCCGACGGAAUCGAGGCGGACUGGGAUGAGGCGCUGCGGCGGCAGCGGCACCGACUGUCACGGCGCAAGUACUCAGCGGUGCUGCCGCAGCUGCUGUCGUACCACAACUUCCGGAGCACGCUGGCGACAGAGCAGGAGCGGUACGGCGACCGGAACAUAGCACGGCAUGUGCUGUUGCUCACGCCCGUGCUCGACCGGCUCAAUACGUUCCUGCUCAGCACGACGACGAUAAUGCAGGCGAGUGGUAGUGUCGCUAGCUUUGUCUGGGGCGUGCUCAUGGCCCUCAUCGUCGUCGCGAGCAAGUUCUCGGAUAUCAUGGAGAUGAUUGUCGAUAUGUUCAGUGACCUCACGCUCACGCUCGAUCAGCUGUCGAGAUAUAUCGAUCUAUUUCCCGGCGAUGCCGCCCUGCGUGUCUGUAUGCGUGCGCUGAUCGAUGACUAUGUCGGGUUUUGCAUCACCGCGCUCAAGUUCUUUAUGAGGUUUCCCAUCCACAAUCUCCUGCGGAUUUUCUGGAGCACAGUCGAGCGCAAAUUCCGAACCUCGAAAGCGAACAUCAAGAGCCACGUUUCACGUUUCGAACGGCAGCGGCAGCUGGCGGUCGACCAAGAGGUAGUGCGGGGAGCGCGCACCGUCCAGGAAGUCAAAGAGCGCAUCGACGCCGCGCUGCCACACGUGACCAUAGCUCCCCGGGUCCCCGAGAGUCUGUACAUGGUGCCGUACCAGCGGAACCCCUACUUCUGCGGGCGCGACGACGCACUGGAGCUGCUGCACAGCCAACUCAACAGCGAAGUUGCGGGCGGGGAUGUUCACGGGCAGCGCGCGACCGUGGUGCACGGAAUCGGCGGGCUGGGGAAAACACAGGUCGCGAUCGAGUACACGCACCGCUACCGCUUCGCGUACGACUACAUAUUCUGGAUCCGGGCGGAGACGGAUGCGGAGCUGUCUGACAGCGUGGCGGCGCUGGCGCGGGCACUGCGGCUCGACGCCGGCACCGCCGGACUGAGCCGCGCGCUGUCGGAGAUGGUCAAGCAGUGGCUCGAGGCGUGCGAGCGCCGGUGGCUGCUGAUCUUCGACAAUGCUGAGGACUGGGCCUCGCUGAAGCCGUACUGGCCGUCGCGUGGGGGGGCCCUGUUGCUGACGAGUCAGAAUGCGAGUCUGGCGCAGGUCACACGCUCAGAGGUGCGCCUGCAGCCGUUCCCGAAGGCGGAGGGUGGCCGAUUGCUGCUCAAGUUGAACCAUCAUGUCAAUGUCGACGCCCCCGCGGACGCCAGUGGACAGGCGAAUCGGAUCGCAGAUGAGUUAGGCGGACUGCCGCUUGCGAUCGCACACGUCGCCGGAUACAUCUACGAGAGCAAGGCUGGGUUUGAAGACUUUCUGCUGCUGUUUCAGGAGCGGAGCAACAGCGCGCAUAUCUUUGCCAGUGAGGGAAACAUGAGCACUUUCCAAUACGAGAAAAGACUCGGCGUGGUCUGGGACCUGGCAUUGAACAGGCUCGAGCGACAGAAUCCCGAUGCACUGAGACUGGUGCAGACGUUGAGCAUGUUGAAUCCGGACGGAGUACCCGAGGGUAUGCUCUACGGUGUGCACACCGAGCCGGAGCUUGCAUUUCUGGCUGCUCCGGACCUGAUGCGGUACCGUUCUCCCCCGUCCCGUCUUAUCUUCCAGGAGAUGCUUCGGUCUCUGCUCACACGGCACCUGGUGGACCGCGUGUACAUCGGCGGAACCAAACACCUAGUGAUGCACCGUUCGCUGCAACGCAGUUUACUGCACCGACUCGACAACGAUCCCGAGCGUUUCCGGCAGACGUUCAUGACGGCCUUCCUCCUGAUCCGAGCCGUCUUCCCACGGGGCUCCAACAUCCAACUUCCGCAGAACGACAUCUGGGACCAAUGCGAGCGGUACUCCUCUCACGUAAUGACGCUUCGCGCCGUGUACACCAGCACCGCGCGGCCGCCUCCGCCCUGCAUCGACUUCGCGACGAUGCUCAGCGACUGCAGCAACUACUUCUGGGAGCGCAACCUGUUCUCCGACGGUCUGCGAGCGAGCGACACCGCGGAGUCGAUCUGCGGCCUGCUCUCACGCACCAGUGGACACGAGAUGCAGCGCGCAAACGUGCACACGAUUGCGGCGUCGGUGCGCUGCAACUCCGGCAUUGCCGGGCGUGUGGGAAACCUCCACCGCUUCCAGAAGGCCCUGGCUCUGCGUCAGCACUGGAUCAAUACUGUCGAGCCGAACGAGGUCACCCUCGACGAUGUGCUCAAUUAUGCCGCCGCUUGGGGGAACCUUGGUCUAGCCCUCAUCGACUUCGAGGCCUGGGAUGAUGUACACGCAGUGAGUGAGCUCGCCAUCGCUAUCCGACGCCGGCUCCUCGGCGACGAGCAUGAGCUCCCCAGCUGCGAAAACGUGCGGAACGUUGCUGUGGCUCUCGCCGCGGCGGGACGAUACCCGGAAGCGAUGGAGCUCAUACCAAAGAUGGAGGAUAUGCCGCAGGAUGGGAAAUACUUCGUGGCGUUCCAGAUCUUUCACUUCCUCUGGGCGAAUAUCUGGUUGAGUGCGGAUCACAUAGAGGAUGCGCAUGAGAGGCUGCUGUACACGCUGGAUAAUCGUGUCAAGCUGUUUGGCCCAUCGGCCAGAUGCACGCUGGAUACGUAUUAUCUUCUCGCGAUGCUGGAACAGAAGCGUGGAAAAUUUGAGGAGGCUGAAACCCACCUCCGGCAGUCACUCUCCCAACCCGACGAGUGGCCACUCGAGAGCCGAAUCCGCGCCGAGUUCCGUCUCGGCCAACUAAUCCUUCUGCGGGACUCCAAGAGCGGCAGCAGUACUAAUACCGCCGUUGGCCCCUCCACGUCCGGUCCACCUUCUCCACCCCCAAGCCCAAUCCUCACCCCCACCACCCCCACCUCCCGCCACCUAGAAGCACACACCCUCCAAUCCACCGCGCGCAAAACACUCUCCAACCUCUGGCGCACACACACCACCUACCUCCCCCCGUCCACCGCCGCGGCCAUGUCCGAAGAAGCGCGGUUCGACCAUCUAGUCCCGAUGGAGGCGGGGCGGCACGCGCUGGGCGUCGGUGGGAUAAGCGGCGGGAUUCCCGCUGGCAAGCUCAGCCCGCUGAAGGUUAUGCGUGUGUGUGAACUGUUGAUGGGGAGGUUUGGGGAGGUGCCGGGGGAUGCGGGGGACAUGAUUGUUUCGCCUGCGGUGAUGGUUGGGUUGCUGAAGUUGAUGCCCGGGGUGAUGCCGGAGGAGGGGAGUUUUGGGAUUGGGCUUGAUUGAGGGGGGGGGGGGGGGGGGGCGGUAAACUCCCGAUCACUCCCACUGGUGCAUGAUAGGGUAGCAAUGGAGUAGUGGGCUGUAACAAACUGGCGGUUCACUGGCAUAUAUGAGAUCGUGGAUGCUGGGUCUGAUGAAGUGGAUUUUUCCUUGGCUUGUACAUUAAUACGAGUUUUGGAGGGCCGUGUUUAUCACUCAUGUCGUAA